UGUACCGGACAUACUGCACCCGAAUUUAUACCGCCAUAUUGUCUCUCGUGUGCGAGAAAAAACAUUGUGGUCACAUGGCGAAGUUUUCUAUAAAAGCUGAAGAAAGUUGAUUGUUCGGUGUGCUCGGAAAUUCAUUGUACUUAUUCGUUGGACCUAUACAGAAGAUCGAAGAAUAAUUAAACGUCGAAUGACGCGUAAUUACACAGUUCUUUCGGACAAAUACGACCAGACCCCCCCGAGGACCCCGCCACCAGUACAGAUGGAAGAAAGCAUGGACGUAACGUCGAAUAAAAAGUGUAUCAACAACAACAGCUACAGUGGAUCAGAAACAUGUCAUCUACUCACAUACAAUUUGUGAAGUGGAGUUUUCCUGCAUUUGCACUUAUAAUUGGUCUCCUUUGGUACAAACGUCGUCGAGUAGACAGAGCUGAUCCAGGUGGAAUUCCUAAUUCAGAUUCCAGUGACAGAAGAUAUCUCAAUUAUAAAAAGGAAGCUGCUUCAUCGAAAGCCGAUUCAAGCUACUAUGAUUCUGACUUACAUAUUGAAGAAUCAUUUUCUUUAAGUUGUUGUAGUAAAUCAACAGAAGAGAUCAUUUGUAGCCCUACAAAACGAAGCGAAAGUUUAGAUAUUCCUCAGAGGAAGUCAGGGUCACAGUCUGUUUUUACACGGUCGAGAACACCCUCCCGAGACGAGGAAGUAUGGUACAAUUACAUGGAUGCUACUACAUCGAGCAAAAUGGACAUACAACUUGGUAGUAAUCCCAAGAUAAGUAAUUUCGAAAUGAUCGCUAGAAGCAGAAACGCAUCCUCUUUGGAAAAUACUAUUGAUUCUAGUAACAAAGUAAUGAAAAUAUUUGAAAAUGUUGUUGAAGAGGGGGUGCAAAAGUCAGCAUGUGAACAGAAUUCACUAGAGCAUGUUGAUAAAGUCGAGGAAAAUGGGAUGGACACUGGAUGCAGUUAUCUCCCAAACAAAGAGCUACCUGUUACAACUCCAUCUAAAGAUAGUGCUAAGAAUCAAGUGCAAGUAUUAUCCGAAAGAGAUUCUGCUAAUCACAGUCCAGUAUCUGGAGUUCUAGAAGGUAGUGUUACAGACGAAGCUAGAAGCGAAGGAAGCACCGACAGUGGGAAAGGAGGUAGUAUUAAGGGUCACCCGAAGGACAACGCAAUUCCUGUGACGUAUGAAUUUAGUGUACCACAAAAUUUAGUAGGAAAACUAAUUGGUCAUCAUGGUAAUUUCUUACAAAAUAUUCGAAUUAAAGCAGAUGUACACAUCAGUGUGAAACGUCAUCCCACGUCAAGAGAUGUAAAAGUUUGUGCCAUAGAAGGUUCCUCUGAAGGGAUUAACGUUGCUCUGGAUAUGAUACGACAAAAGUUUCCAGAAAAGAAAUAUCCCCAUAUGACCCUUGAACAAAUUUUACCAACAAAUGAACCAGAGGUCUUAUGGCUCACAGAACUAAUGCAGUUAUCCUUGGUAGAAGGAGUAAAUAAUGAUGUUGUUGUGUGUCACGUAGUGAAACCAAAUCAUUUUUUCGUACAGCUUCCUACUCACCCUACAUACCCAUUUCUGCGGAGUUUAGACGAAAAUAUGACACAAUUAUAUAAUACAACAGAAUCACCUCCCGUUCCAGAUGAACUUAGUAAAGGUAUGAUCUUAGUUGCAAAGUGGUUCGAUAGAUGGGUAAGGGUAUACGUUGAAAAACCAGAUCCUAGCGGUGAACGACAUUUAGUAAGACUCGUAGAUCAUGGCGGUUACUGGUACUUCAGUAAUGCGGAGAUGAAAAAAAUUAGGGCAGAUUAUCUCACAAUGCCAUUCCAAGCAAUUGAAAUAUUUCUAGCAAAUGUACGACCGAAGAAUGGUGAGUGGAAUCAGGAGGCUUAUGAUGUAGUUGUUCACAUGUGUAACGGUAUUGUUGGUCAAGCCCAAAUUGAAGGUUAUAUUAAUACUAGUACAUACGUUAAUCUUUAUCUUAAUAUUCACAAACACGGGGUAAUAUCCCUAGCUGAUGAAUUAAUAGUUCGUGAAUUUGCGGAACCAGCGCCGCUAGAAAGUAUAGUUCCAGAAGAAGUAAAACAUGUUUUCGGGGACGAAAAUGCAGAAUCAACGAUCUCACGAGUUGAUGCCGGUUCUCCUUAGUACCUGUGCAAUUCCAAUUUUUAUGCAUUUUUGAUGGGUAAAUGUAACCUAUUCAACAUUUCAUUCAGAUAGUAAUAAUCACUUCGAAGAGCACUUAGUAAUAUCACUAUGGAGAUGGUUGGCAGUUGUUUUGGUCCCUCUGUAGCAUUUUGGGGCUUAAAAAAAAAUGGAUAUUUCCAUGUCUCUGUCAAUUAUCGUAAUGCCAAUAAUAAUGUUAAUCAUGAAUAUAGGUACAAAAUGUA